AUGCGCAGCAUGGCCCUGGCGCCAAGCCUCCGCGCCGGCCCCCGCGCCUCGGUUACCCACGCGCCUGCCACGCUCCGCGCGAAGCCCGCGCCUGACACCCCACUGCGGCCUGGCGGCAGCUUCUGUACGCUUGCUUGGGGCGCUGCAGCUUGCGCCUGUCGGGCUCACGCGCGGCGUGGCAAAAGGCAAUCCUUUGCAGUGUCGAUCCCUCGAACGAUUGCAGCAGCAGCGUCCAACUCAUGGACAGGAGACAAAGUCCGAGAAACCUACAUCUCAUUCUUCCGGGACAAGGGCCAUGAUUUCGUUCAGUCCAGCCCCGUGGUGCCACUGAGCGACCCGACGCUGCUGUUUGCCAACGCUGGCAUGAAUCAGUUCAAGCCGAUUUUCCUGGGACAGUUGGACCCCAGCAGCCCGUUGCAAGGUGUCACAAGAGCGGUCAACACCCAGAAGUGCAUCCGUGCAGGGGGCAAACACAACGAUUUGGAUGACGUGGGCAAGGAUGUCUACCACCACACCUUCUUCGAGAUGCUGGGCAAUUGGAGCUUUGGGGACUACUUCAAGAAGGAAGCCAUCGAGUGGGCAUGGGAGUUGCUGACUGAGGUCUAUGGCCUUGAUCCGAGUCGCCUGUAUGCCAGCUACUUCAAAGGUGAUGAAGAGUUGGGCCUGCCGGAGGAUUUGGAGGCCAAGGAGCUUUGGAUGCAGUACUUGCCCGAGAGCAGAGUGCUGCCCUUCGGCAAGAAGGACAACUUUUGGGAGAUGGGCGCGACAGGCCCUUGUGGUCCCUGUUCUGAGCUGCACUACGACCGCAUCGGCGGACGUGAUGCAGCCUCACUGGUUAACGCGGAUGAUCCCGACGUCAUUGAGAUCUGGAACUUGGUCUUCAUGCAAUUCUUCCGGGGCGAUGAUGGGAAGCUGUCGGAGCUCCCAAGCCGACACAUUGACACGGGCAUGGGCAUGGAGCGCAUCACAUCCGUGCUGCAGGACACUAGGAGCAACUACGACACGGACGUUUUCGGGCCGCUGCUGGCUGCGGUGCAUGAGCUUGUGGGAGGUGAGCCAUACACAGGCAAGGUCGGCAAGGACGAUGCCAACCUUCGAGAUACAGCCUACCGAAUCAUAGUUGACCAUGCACGGACUCUUACAAUGGCGGUGGCGGAUGGUGCAGCUCCGUCAUCAGAAGGCAGAGGCUAUGUGCUGCGGCGCAUCCUGAGAAGAGCCGUGCACAAUGGACGGUCCAAGCUGAAUGCCCCGCCUGGCUUUUUCAGCAAGCUGGUUCCAAAAGUGGUGGAGUGCCUGAGCCCGGGCUUUCCAGACUUGGAGGGCGCUGCUGGAGAGCGUGUUCAGAAUGUGCUGCGCGAGGAGGAGGAAGCCUUCGACCGCACCGUCGAUCGUGGCAUGAACUUCUUUGACAGCCUCAAGGAGCAGCUCAACAAAGAAGGGGCUAACACGGUUCCCGGCGACCAGGCCUUUCUCUUGUACAACAGCCACGGGUUCCCCCUGGACCUCACGGAGCAGAUGGCGCAGGAGGCAGGCCUCACGCUGGACGUGGCCGGCUUUGAGGCGGCCAUGGAGGAGCAGAAGGAGCGGUCGAGAGCGGCCCGCCAAGCGCAGGAGGCCGAAGGAAGAGGCCUCCAACCUUUGCAACUGGUGGCAGAGCAGACCGCAUGGUUGAGCGAUCAGACCAUCCCAGUUACCGAUGAUGCGCAAAAGUACGCCUGGAACAUCCGGCCCUUGGCGAAAGUGAAAGCCAUCUACUGGGAUCAAGGAUUCGUGCAGAGCACCGAGGAGGUUCCGGAUGAUUUCACGGUUGGUGUUGUGCUAGAUGCCACCCCCUUCUACGCAGAGGCGGGUGGCCAGGUGGGAGACCUCGGCCGCCUGGUGAGCGAAGAUGGACAAGAGCUGAUGGAUGUCAAGGUGGUGCAGGUCUUUGCUGGCUAUGUUCUGCAUACUGGCGCCAAGCCAGCUGCUUUGCAAGUGGGCGAUGAUGUCUUCUGCGAGGUGGACUACGAGCACCGUAGCCGCGUUGCACCCAACCACACCAUGACGCAUGUCCUGAACUGGGCCUUGCGGGAGGUGUUGGGUGAAGGCAUUGACCAGCGUGGAUCACUGGUCACAGCUGACAGGCUCCGCUUCGACUUCAGCUAUGAAGCCAGCAGCGGCGUGUCAAUGAAAGACCUGAAGCAAGUGGAGUGCUUGGUGCAGGGCGUGGUGGACUCCAGCGUGCCCGUCACCUCCCAGGAGGUGCCCCUGGCACAGGCCCAGGCUAUCCGGGGCCUGCGCGCCAUGGCCGGAGAGGCGUACCCCGACCCGGUGCGCGUGGUCACCGUAGGUAAGGGUACGAUUGAGAAUAUCCUGGCAGCUCCUGAUGAUGAUCAAUGGAUGUCGCAGUCGGUAGAGUUCUGCGGAGGGACUCAUAUCGCGACAUCAUCCGAAGCCAGAAGCUUCGUUGUGCUCGAGGAGAAAGGCAUCGCCAAGUCCAUCCGCCGCAUUAUGGCGGCCACAGGUGAGGUGGCGGAGUCCGCUAUUGAGGAGUCCCGACUUAUGGAAGAGGAAGUGGGGAAGCUGGAAAAGUCCAAGGUGGAGGCACGCUUCCAUUUACUGGCCGUCUGCACCACCCUGUCGAAGAGGUUGCGGGUAAUUAAACAUUUGCAAACUAUUCUGCCUUGA